AUGAACCAUCUUUUAAUCGACAGCCGCGGUCUCUCCACUUCGCUUCGUUUUAACGAGGCGUCAUUCUUCAUCGAACCUACAAAGCCCGACGGUCACAAUUCCUCUUGCUGCGCAGGCAUAUACGCUGACAGAGAAGUGAAGUGCACAGAGGUGCCUCUUCGCAAUGUCAUUUACGCCAAAGUUACAUCUGGCGUCAUCGAGGUACAAUACCUGGUUCGCAAGGGCAAGGAAAGCCGUUUGGAACUUGCAAUGACAACCGGCGCCGUUCAGAACGAAGAUAGCGCGCGUGUCAAGAAGUGGUGCGAGGCGCUGCUUCUUGCUGCGUAUCAGGGCGCGAAUCCGUCCAAGAAUCUCAAGGUGCUCGUUAAUCCCUAUGGCGGAAAGGGGAAGGCAAGAGCAUCAUACGUCAGCAAAGUAGAACCCAUAUUCCUUGCGGCUGGAUACACCACCCAUGGCGGUCAUGCUAUCGAAAUUGCUCGCGAAAUGAAGCUGGGAUAUGAUGCCCUGGUCAUUGUAUCCGGUGACGGUUUGAUCCACGAGGUCCUGAACGGAAUAAAUCAACAUGAACACCGUGACCAGGCAUUUUGCAUACCAAUAGCACCUAUACCGACUGGCUCCGGUAACGGGAUGUCUCUUAAUCUACUGGGUCUGCAGGAUGGGCUUGAUGUUUGUGCAGCAGCUCUCAAUGUUCUCAAAGGACAACCAUUGAAAACCGAUCUAUUUUCCUUCACCCAAGGAAAUCGUCGCCGGAUAUCAUUCAUGUCACAAACUAUCGGAAUAACGGCAGACAUCGAUAUUGACACUGAACAUUUACGAUGGAUGGGCGAUACCCGAUUCAUCAUAGGCUAUAUCCGUGCCAUUAUUGCCCGCAAAUCAUGUCCGAUCGAGUUAUCAAUGAAGGUCGUCGAACAGGACAAAUCUCGCAUGAUGGAUGUUCUUCAUGCACGACGAGCGGGCGAAUCACCCAGCCAAUCUAGCGUUCCUAGCUUGUUUAGUGCCGACAAGAAACCUGAUAGUCCAAGCUCUUCACAUGAGGAGUGGACCCGGUUUAAAAGACCUAUCCUGUGGAUGUACGCCGGCAAAGGGCCAUUCGUUAGUCGGGAUUUGAUGCAAUUUCCCGUCUCUUUAGCUGAUGAUGGACUUAUCGACAUAUCCAUACAAGAAAUAACCAGUCGACGGGCUCUUUUACGGGCCAUGGACGGUGCCGAAGAAGGUCGGACGUACUGGAUAAACACGAACCGGUACUUCAAAGCCUCUGCUUACCGCGCAAGGCCUCUCGCCCCAAAGGGCACGCUCGUCGUGGAUGGCGAGCAAGUUCCCUUUGAAGAGUUCCAGGUAGACGUCCUCAAUGGACUGGGCACCUUUUUAGCCCCGUAUCCUCAUUAUGCGCCGGAGUUUCUUGUACGAGACAUCGAAGGGAACACCUAG